GUUUUGUCUUGUCAACUAACCCCCUCUAGUGCUGAACAGGCUGCAUUUGACCUGCGGGCUGCCGGCAGCCGCUUCCCAGCCUCGGCGAGCGGGAGAGCGGGCGAGGGGCUCCUUCUCCUCCUCCUCCUUCCUCCGCCUCUUUCCCGGGGAGCCACGAAGGGGGCGACCAGAGCCGGCCUCGCUCUCCUCCCACGGAAGGCGCCGUGACUCCUGCCGUUGCCGCCGCCCCCGUUGCCUUCCUUUCCCCCUCCCCGCCCUCGCUCCCUCCCUUUUCCAUGCCUUGGCGGGGAAGGAAAGAAUCACCAAAAUAGGAGGGAAGGGGAGGGAGGUUUGGCUUGUAUAUCGAGCGCGUUGCCCGCUUUGCUUGCCCUCGGGGACCUCCCCGUCCCGCCGCGUUUGGACGCUUGGACUCUCUCGCUGAGGUGCUUUGGAAUUCAAAAAGGAGGGGAGGGAGAAGCAAUUGAAGGGGAGGAAGGAGGACUCCGCCGUCCAGCCCUCCAAGGAGAAGAGGAAGGAGGGCGAGGGCCACGGAGGAGAAGCCUGGCCCCCCUUCGAGCGCCGGGAGCAAGUUUCCUUGACAGCCGAGCGGACAGAGAGUGAGGAGAGGAGCUGUCCAGCAUUUCAGCAGCUUCCCGCCAGAGAGGCGGGUUUUCCUUUGCCGUUUGUAUUACGAGAGGGAACUGAGAGGAGGGCGGCAAGGACCCCUCUUCUCCCAGCCCAUCUCUUCAGAGACGCGGACGGAGGAAAGGAGGGGAUGCCGCCCCUCAAGCCUGUCUGUCGGCGAGGGCUGCUCCACUUGGGGAAGGGCUGAGAGGAGAAGCCCAAGGCUGGGUCUCCCGCGCCCCUCAGGACGGGGCGCUUCUCUGCCCGCCGAGCUGCAGCCGGACUGGACGGGCUGGGAAAGAGGCCGGCUCAUCUGCGGGCACGACCCCCGCCUUGGAGCCCUCGUGGAAGAGGAGGAGGCGGAGGGAGGGGUCCCGGAGCCCCCUCGGCCAUGGGGGGCGCCUCCGUCCUGUGGCCAUGGAGCCUGCUCUUCCCUCUCCUGGCAGGGCGGCCCGGGGGCUGCAGCCACGUCUCCAGCAACCAAGUUGUGCUGCUCGAUACAACUACUGCAAUUGGAGAGCUAGGAUGGAAGACCUAUCCACUAAAUGGGUGGGAUGCCAUAACAGAAAUGGAUGAAUAUAACCGCCCCAUCCACACUUACCAGGUAUGUAAUGUUAUGGAACCCAAUCAAAACAACUGGCUUCGUACAAAUUGGAUUUCCCGUGAUGCAGCCCAGAAAAUUUAUGUGGAAAUGAAGUUUACACUGAGGGACUGCAACAGCAUCCCAUGGGUAUUGGGGACAUGCAAAGAAACAUUUAACCUCUACUACUUGGAAUCCGAUGAAUCCCAUGGAAUUAAAUUCAAGCCAAACCAGUACAGUAAAAUUGAUACUAUUGCAGCUGAUGAGAGUUUUACUCAGAUGGAUUUGGGUGAUCGCAUCCUUAAACUCAACACAGAAGUUCGUGAAGUGGGACCGAUAAACAGGAAAGGAUUUUUUCUUGCUUUCCAAGACAUUGGCGCAUGCAUUGCUUUGGUCUCUGUCCGUGUUUACUACAAAAAGUGUCCUUUCACUGUUCGGAACUUGGCUAUGUUUCCUGACACUAUUCCAAGGGUUGAUUCUUCCUCUUUAGUGGAAGUACGAGGUUCCUGUGUAAAGAGUGCUGAGGAACGGGACACUCCAAAAUUAUAUUGUGGAGCAGAUGGAGAUUGGCUUGUACCUCUAGGAAGAUGCAUCUGCAGUGUUGGUUAUGAAGAAGUGGAUGGGUCCUGCCAUGCUUGUAGACCAGGAUUUUAUAAAGCAUUUGCUGGAAAUAUAAAGUGUUCCAAGUGUCCUCCACACAGUCAAACCUUCGUGGAAGCAACAUCUGUGUGUCAGUGUGAAAAAGGUUACUAUCGGGCUGAGAAAGAUCCACCAACUAUGGCAUGUACCCGACCACCUUCUGCUCCAAGGAACAUUAUCUUUAACAUAAAUGAAACAGCUCUCAUGUUGGAAUGGAGUCCACCAAGUGACACAGGAGGAAGAAAAGAUCUCACCUAUAGUGUGAUUUGUAAGAAAUGUGGAUCUGAUGCCAGCCAGUGUGAGAUAUGUGGAGGAGGGAUCAGAUUCAUUCCAAAGCAUACUGGCCUAGUGAAUUCCUCAGUGACUGUACUGGAUUUUGUUUCCCACGUGAACUACACUUUUGAAAUUGAAGCCACGAAUGGAGUCUCCGAAUUAAGUUUUUCACCCAAGCAGUUCACAGCUAUCACAAUUACUACAGACCUAGAUGAGAAAAGUGGAGGACCUCUGAAAAAACCACUUCAACUUACUUGCAAAACAUUUUGCAGAAAAAAACCCCACUCAGAGCCACUUGGACCCUAGUUUGUCAGCUGUUAUUCUGGGAAGGAGAGUAUUGCCUCUGUGUGUUUGUUUCUGUUGGUUCCUUGAAACUUUCUGGCUUUGUGAAGAUGGAACAUUAUUGAGAAGUACAAUCCACCAUUUUGGCAUUCAACCUUCUUUUGUAGCUUCUGAAAUCACUAUAAUCAGAAUUUAUACACUUAGGGCUGUAAUUGUUAAUGUUGCUUAAAGGAAGGACAUGUAUUUUAAACACUGAAGGAGGUUGCGAUAGAGCCUUUGUUGCGGGGGGGGGGGGUGCCAUGUUUGGAUUAAUCAGAUAUUAAUCAUUAUAAAUUAGUUUCAAAUGUUAUUUUUUUAGUGGGGAAAAUGUAAUAAAUUGAUUUUGUUGACGCUUUCAAACCUGACCUUUAACCUGGUUUUGGGACAAGAAUUGCCUUGGUUUUAGAGGAGUGCAAGAUUUCUGCCAGGAGAUAGGGAAGGGAACAUUGUUGUUUCUUCUGGAUAUCUUAAAUGUGAAGCUGAAAUGUCAUCCCAUCAACACAGAAGUUAUGUGAAUGGUAAAGCGUCUGAUGGGAUUAGGUGUGAAACCUGUGUUGGAUGAAGUAGGGCUCCCGCUGAAAAAUCAAGCCUCUUGUUUGGGGUACUUCUUGAUCUGGCCUGCUUGCUAAAUUGCAAACAGAUAUUUGAUGACAAUAGUUUCAUAUUUGAAUAUCAUCAGUUUCCCAGAUACAUCAUAAUAGCCAAAGAUUAUAUUGCCAUUCAUGCCCAAGUACCUUCAAACUAAAUAACUGUAUCCCAUAUGUGUGCUCAAAAAUAUCUGGAAAUAGAUUUUGAUACACAAUAUGGCAGUCAGGGUUACUGGUAGAAAUGUAGUAUUUCUGCUAACAUGUUUGUUGUUUGUGUUGGGCUCAAUUCAAAUUGUUGUUGUUAAGUGAAGGCCAUAAACAGCUUCUGACUCAGGUAUCUUAAAGUCAGCCUCCUAUCACAUCAUCCUCUGGCCAUCAUUUGGGACAUGACUUCUGAUUGUCUGGUCUCAUGAAGCUACACCAAAUCCUAUGUAGAUGAACCAUUACAAUAUGUGACAGUAUGUCUUGUUUCUGCAUGAAGGACCAUGUAGAAUUUGUGUUCAUGUGACUAGUCUCUGUGUUCAAUUUUAUGUGAAGAUCUUUUCUGAAUGUUUAUUGCAUGAUUUUAUGUUGUUUGUACCACAUACAAAUUGUGCUUUCAAAAUAUAUAAUAUAUCAGUUAGUAACUUUUUUCUGAUAUUAAUUAAAAUAUUAAUUGUUUUUGUUGUGGUGGUUGAAUUGAAUUGAUAGCAAGAAAUUAUAAAUAUUUUUUAAAAAAAUACUUUAAAUUAAAAAAGAGCUAAAGGAAAUGAAAUGAAUAAGAGUUGAAAUGAGCAAGUGAAUGUAUUUACAGAAUUGAUAUAUGAGAUGAUUAGUGAUAUAUGAUGUUUACAUUAUUUUAUAGGAUUAUUAUUUUCUGUUUCAGUAGACCUUCUGUAUUAGUUGCUUACAUUUGUAACUUUUUUAUCUGUAUGACUGUAUGUUUAACUGUCCUAGAAAUAAUCCAAGGUCUUAUUUCAAAUGCAUUUACAUUGGCUUCAUAUUUUGUCAACUACCAUGCAUUUCCUCAGAUUACAAAAGGGAAAAUAAUCCUGCUGCACUCAUUGUUAAAGCAUGCCAAUGUGUAGCCGUUUUUAAGAAUGGCAGCUGUGCUUCCUCUAUAAUUUCUUUCAAAGGCCAGAAAAAACCAUUAAUUUUCUUCACUAGGCAGUAACAUAAUUUUCCUUUGAUCUUUUAAAUAUAUAGUCCUCCAUGGUUCCUCUUCUGUUCAUCCAGACAAUUUCUAAGCAACAAAAAUGGUGUUACCUUCAUAAAUGUGUUUUAUGGAGGCUUGCCAUUUCAUUUAUCACCGUGUCUUUUUCUGCAAAACUCUCCCUUUAUGUCCAAAUAAACUGACUGAGACUGAAAAGUGUUCCUUAAAUUCUCUGAAGCUUUACUGGUAACAUUUUAGUAAUGUAAGAAUUAUUGUGAGGAAUGCAAGCAACGUACACACUUGGGUUUUACUGUCAAGCGAUCAUAGAUUACUAAGGCAGAGCUCUUUUCCUGCUUGGAUAACCUACAGUGAAAAGCAACAUGGUUAUACAGAAAGCAGACAGUAGUAAAAGAUACACACACACACACACACACACCUACACACACACACACACACACACACAUAUUAGGGAUGUGCAAAAUUUUCAGGAGUUUUGUAAGUCGUGAGAAAAUUUGUUAAAUCUGUACAUCCGAAAUGCACUCUGACACAUGGGCGUGGCCCACACCAAAAACUUUAGAAUUGAAAUUUACCCAAUACAUUUUCAUUUGUAUUUUGUAAAUCUCAGAACGCUCCCUCCCAUAGUCAGCUUCAUUUUCAUGGCAAGCAAGCAAUGCAAAGACAAAAAGGCUCCCAUUCCUCUGUAAAUUAAUCACCUCUCGCCAUUAAGAGAGGGAAAGGAGGGAGAAAACAGAGUUUCCUAGGAAGAAGCACAGAACUCUGGGAAAUGUACUUAGGGAAGGUGAGGAGCCCUAUGCCAGAGAAUUCAAAAGGCCCUGCCCUAAACUACAUUUCCCAGAAUGCAUCAGCAAGCCCCAAUCAGGAUAGGGGAGAGAGAGAUUUGCCUCUUCAUAGCCAGCCAGAGUCCCAAUAAAUUGGUUAAUAUUCUACAGUAUGAUUUUUGUUCCUGAGGCAUAAAUGUCAUUUCCUAAUUGGUUCUAUCAUAAAAACAUGGAGGAGGUUUAUUAAAUUGCAAAAACUUUGUCUUUGCAGUUGUGACAUCAUGCUAUAGUGCUAUAGUUUUCAGUGAAUAUCUCAUCAAGUCUUAACCAAUUCAACAUAGUUUGUGCCACACAAACAACGUUUCUGGAGUAGAACAACUACUUUCAAAGUAAGGACUACACAGGAAAUAACACUUUCAAGCUAGGAACAUAUUUUCUUUAUUGUUAAAAAUGCUGUUUAUAAAAACUUCCCCAAAAAUCUGUGGAUAAGUGAAAGGUUCUGAAAUUUGGUGGGCUAACAGUGGUAAAUGUGUUCUAUCAUUGUAGCAAGUUUCACCCUAAUAGCUGUAUAAAUGAGGGAGAAAGGAUCCCCAGAAGUCCCCAGGUGCGCAAUUACUACAAUAAAAUAGAAACAAAAUUUUGUUAAAAGCACUAUAUAUCAUGUGACUUAGGACCUCAUAACAUUGGGCUUGUUGCCCAAUCCUAGGAUGCUGCCAAGAUGAAGCCAGGACAGAGCCCAUCACAUGAUGCAGGGCUACUUCCGGUGGGGCUUCGUCCCUGCUCUGUGCACUUUGCCUCUCGGCAGCAUGCUAAGAGGCAGCCCUUCGAAUAUGGGUGACUAGCCGUGUUCUCAUAAACUAAGCCAGGGACCAACAGAAAACGGCAUGGGAUAGUAAGGGGGUGAUUUGGGAUGCUGCCUGUUUUCCCCACUGCCCCGUGGAUUCGCCCUGCUAUCCUCUGUGUGAUGAAGUUCUUUAUCCUCAAGGAUGAACUGAAUAAGAAAUUGUGUGGAUCUUUGUGAAUUCUACUGUACAAAUAAUAUUUGUCUAAAGAAGUACAAGAGGUCACAAUAUCCCUCUUUGUGUUUGUUUGAUUGUUCCUGUCUAUGUGUCCACUUAUUCCAAUCUAUUGGGGGCUCUUUGUGGUGCUUUCUUAUACUUGUACUAGUUUUCUUCAUCCCAAAAUGUUUGUUUUUUAAAAAGAAAACUCUGGGAAUGAUUUACUGAAGUAGUCCUAUGGUUUGAAAAAAUUCUCUAUGUUUUUAUUCUUAAACUUAUAGUGAAAUAAUGUCAUCUCACUACUUAUGCACUAUAGCAAUAUAACUUUUUAAAGAAGAGAAAGAAAAAGCAUAAUACAAUGAUCUUUUUUGUUCUUUAUAUGGUUUGGAAUUUAAAGAACAGUACUGGGGAAUGGGAAUGAAAGGUUGCAUUGGGUGCCAGGAGUUCACAGAAAUUAAUCUGAGACAACAGAAACGCUAUUUGAAUAUCUUUUUUUUUAAAGGAAAAUUUAAAUACAAUAAUGUAACCACCAAAAAUCACCUGAUGACCUGAAAUGAUAUUUUAAAUCAUGGAUUCUUCCAGAGAGUAAAAUUUUCAGGAGGUUUCUGAAGGUGCCAUUAUUUGAGAGAGUAGGCCUUGUCCAGGGUCACCCAGCAGGUUGCCAUGACCAAGUGUGAACUUAUACCCUAUUCCCCAGAAUCAUAGCCCAACACUCAAACCACUAUACAACCAUAGCUCUAAGUAAAAAUCUAAGUCUUGUUGUUAUUGUAUUUUUCAGACUUCAUUUAGCUAUCUUGCCCUACCCUAGCAUAAGGGAUCUUUAUUUACAGAUAGCAAUAUUUUUUCCCAUUUUCUCCCAAAUAUGUGCAUAUUUAGUGACUUUUCAACCCCAAACAUUCACAUUAUCCAAAUAUAUAUUUUUUUCUUAUUUUCUGAAAUACAAAACCUUAGAAACAUUUCAAGAACAUACAGCAGACAAUUUUCAUUCAGUGCACUAAAGUCCAUCACAUCCUAGCCUAAGCCAAUGGGGUAUUAUAUACUUUUCUCUCUUUAUAUAAAAUAUAAUUAUUAAUUAUUUAUUCAUAUGGACAAUGCAUAAACUAAAAAAUACUAUGUAACUAAUAUAUCUGUAGAAAUGAAAGGCUAGGCUAGGUUUGUAAGGAAGUUUUUUUCUCCAAACGUGGUCAUAGCAUGGUGCAUAAAUCUUUGUGAAGGUGAUUCAUUCACCCUAGAGAUGCUGUUGAGUCUGUUUUGCAUCUUGAGUGUUUUUCCCUCUCAAGAACGAGCCACCUUGUGUUAUUUAUCCCCGCCACUGCAAAGAAGCAAAUUAAAGUAAUCAGGCUCACUUCAUUUAGGUGGAAUGUUUAUCACUGACUGAUACAGUCAGGAGAGUCGUUACUGUGAUCUAGCCUCAGUUCAGUACAAGAUAUUCCCAGGAUAAGAUUGAAACUUCAAUACUGUGAUUAGAAACCUUUGCCACAAUAUGUAAUUGAUUGACUGCUGAAAAUUUUCAGUCAAAUUAGCAGCCUUCUGUUUUCAGAGUUUGCCUAAACAUUUCUGAAAGGGGUUUCAAUUAAAAUUCGAGCUCUGGUGUCCUGACUUCAUGACAAGCAAACUGAAGACUUCUUUUCCUUCUCUAGCAAGAGGAAUUAGUUUGGUCAAAAGCAGUAAAAGAAGACAUUAAUCAUGGCUAGUCAGUCUAGAAAAAAUUAUGCUUGUAGGUGUCAUGACUUUCACAUGAAACUUUAGGGAGCAUGUUCAAAGUGAAGGACUCGGUAAAUUACAAAUCAAUUCUGCUGAUGUUUGCUGUGAGGUCUUUAAAGCAAUUAUGCUCAUAACAGGUUGCUUCAAUUCAUUUGUUUCUUAAAAUGUAGUUUCUCCAUUACGCUGCGUAAACCCUUUUUGCUCUGAGUGUCGCCUCUUUCAUAUAGGUUAGCCUAAGGCUUCAGACCUGUGACAUAUUUCAUUUAUAUAUUUGGCUGGCAUUAUUUCUAUUCUGCAUACAGGAAUAGUUUUGCAAACAGAUUUAGAAUUAUCUAAAAGUUUCAUAUUUUUGCAGGCCUUAGGAAUCCAGAUGUUUAAUGGCCAAGCUAGCUUCAGCAUCACAUUUCUAAUAAUGUACUACAUAAUGAGGAGAGCUCAUCCUCCACCUCUAAUUUUAGAUUAUAUUUUUGAAAACAUUUUCACUCUUAAGUAAAAUUUAAGCUUCCCUCCCAAGGAAGAGCUAGCUCCUGUAAAAAUAUUAACUUUACCUUCAGGCAUACAAUAAAUGGUCCAUUUUGAAAUGCGCAUAAGAUGAUUUUCAAAACCUCAAACACAAAUAUACUUUUAAUAUUUCCUCCUACUAAUAAAAACAGUGUACCAAAAGGAACUGCCAAAUAUGUGCUAAAGAAACAGUGAAUGAUACAAAGAUAACUAGUCAUUGAGGGCAUGUUUACAUAAUUCAUGUUUUCUUUGAAAAACCUUUUCUGUUUCUUAUUGUGCAAUAAUAACAUUUGCCACAAUAUGUCUUACAAUACUUACUACUUAGAUACCAUUGUACCAAAUGGAAAUAUCAAAAUAAGAGAACUGUACAUACAUAAAGAGAUUUUUAAAUAUAUAUAUUAAGUGUAUCCAUAUAUACAUAGAGAAACAUGUUCAUGAUUACAAGACAAUAUAAGAUGCAUUUCAAUAUACAUUUUAUAUAUGUUUGUGUGAAACUAAAGCAGUAAUUAUACAAAAUGUAGUGGCCAAUAAUUUAUUAGGCACUAUUAAAUGUAACUGAAUACUACACAAUAAGCUUCCAGCUGAAAAUAGACUAGAUUUAUUUAUUUUGGACAAAAUUUUAUGAAAUGAAGAAGUUUAACAGAUAUGUUGUUAUUUUAGAAACAGAGUUCUUCCACAACAAAAAUGUUUGCUAGAAACUAAUAAGAGUUGUAGUAAUGCUGGCUUCAUAUAAACAACAUGGUGAAUCUCCAAGCUAGACAUAUAAUAUAUACAUUUUUGACCUUAACAAUGAUCUGGGGCUUAGGGUUUUUACAUAACAUUUUAACAUUCCUGCUAGAAGAUAGAUUUGCUGCUGAAGAAGGAUAUUACUUGGAAGCACCUUAUGUGUUGGCCUUAGUGCACUAUUGAAUGCACAAUGUUUGAUAAUUAUAAUGAAAAACAAUUGUUAUAUUGUAUGAAUUGACAUUACAUUAUUACAUUCCUGUCACAUACCUAUAAUAUGUAAGUGUAUGUGUUUCUGCGAUUCUUGUACAAUGAACUUUCUCAGGACUUUUGUUGUUUUCAUUUCUUUACUUUGUGGAUUUUCCAACUGUGCAUCGUUCCAGGGGUUGAAAAUAUAUGCAGUUGCCAAACAGCAGAUUGAAAAAUAUCAUUUGUAAAACAGCUCAGGUUCUUCUUCAUUGGCUCUUCUGGCUAGGCUAGUGGGAUUUGUAAUCGUCAUCAUCAUCAUCAUCAUCAUCAUCAUCAUCAUGCUUUAUUUAUAGCCUAUUCUAUCUCCCCGAAGUGACUCAGAGCAGCUGUAGCUUGACAGCCCCUGGAGAACUAAAUAAUUCCCACCUCAUAUUCAUCCAAAGCUAGUCUAGGAUGUUUUACAAAUAGCAUAAAAUUCUUAUGGAAACAUGCAAAAGAAUCUGUCAUACAAAAUUAACCAGGAGACAAUAAAAGUAAAGCAGGCCGAGUCAAUCUCACUGUUUAUAAAACCAUCCUUAGAUAAAACCCUCAGUAUCCUUUUUUUUUAUCUAUUGCUCUGACCCUUAAGGUCUUGCACAGAGCAAUGGGAUGUAUGCCUUUUGAUGCCUAAAAGCAAAUAUGAAAAUCAAUAGCUGAGCUGAUUAUCAACUGUUAUAUUUCUACCAUUCACAAAUAUGGAUUACAUAAUGAAAUAUUUUGGAGAUAGGACCUAAGUCUGAACAUAAAAUCCAUGUGUGUUUCAUAUACACCUUAUGCAAGUAACAUGAUGGCAAUUUUAAACAAAAUUUUAAUAGUUUUAUUCGUAAAACAAAGUUUGAAUCACUAGAAAAUCAAACGUGUUGCUAUCUCAGCCACUCAUGUAAAACUUUUGGAGUAUUUCAGGUUUUGGAAUUUCAGAUAAGGGAUGAUCAAGCUGUAGAAGUAAUAGCUUCUUUUUAGAAAAAAAUUAAUGGAAUUUUGGUGAAGCUAUUGAUCCAAGGAAAAUGCGAAUUAAAAAAAAUGGAGAUGUGAGAUAAGUGUUACAUUUAAAUUUAAGUUAUCAAAAUUUUGACCUUUGUGCUUCCGUUUGGGCAAAAGGUAGAAACUAAUAGGAAUGUUUUGAGGACUGAAGAAUUAAUCUUGGUUUGAGAACAGAAUUAACAAUGUGAGCAGUCAAUCUGUUCUGCAUUAGAAUUAGAAAACUGUGAAUAAUCCUGGGAAAUGUAUUAUCAUCAAGUGUCAGAAAAAUAAUUAGUUCAUUAACUGAGAAAUAUAUUAAUUCUAUGAUUGGGUGACCAGAUUAUGUAUACAAAUAUAUUGGGCUGCAGAAUAAGGCUGAAAGGAGAUUACAGAUUUUAAAAUGUAAAGAAGUUAUUAUUUCUUGUAUUCAGUAUAGAAAAUGGUACAGCUUGUGCACCAUUUUUAAAAAAUAAAUAGUUCAUCUAUGGUUCUGAUUAAUAAAUUAUAACCGUGUUACACAAUUCAGGGAUCUGAAAUGAGAUUACAAAAUUUGCUAGCAACAUAUACUGCCAAUUUGGAAAGGAAGGACCAUUUUUCGUAUCUAUUUACAUUUUUUUUAAAGGCAUAGUUCAUGUUAUUGGUUCAAGUGUAUUUGCAUUGGUCUUUCAUUUUUCAAAAUCAGAUUGUUUCACUUAUCUUAAUUAAUACAGACUUUGUAGUAAAGUGCAAGAUCAAUAGGAGGCUGAAUUAAUGUUGUUCGAAAGAAAAGACAAUAGAGGGUUUUAUAUUUCAGCAUUAUAUUGACUUAGAAAAACAAUUGACUAUAUCGAGUUUCUUCUCCCAAAUGUUUAUUCAUGCACAUGAAUUUUACUGUUUAAUUGGCAUAAAUCUACAGUUACUGCCAUAUUUGACACUAUCGAGACUUCUGGACUACAUCUAGUCUGCUGAAGCCUGAGUGGAUGCCUUCAUCUCUUUCACUAAACUUCCCAGGUCAAUCUGGUAAAGAAGGAAGAUCCCAUUCUUUCCAUGACUUUUUGUUUGUGAAGAAAAAGACCAUCCUUUCUCCAUGUACAGAAAAUAUUAUGCUGCAGUUGGAAAUAUACUUUGAAAACAUUUUUUUUUAAUUUUGAAAAGUAUCAAGCAAGGUUGUUAUUUCUUCCAUUGCUUAGAAAUGAACACAUUGCUUUUACUCUUUGCAAUGGAACCCUCAGUGGAGCAGUAGGUUAAACCCUUCUGCCAGCAGGACUUCUGACUUGAAGGUUGGCUUGCUGACCUGAAGGUUGUCAGUUCGAAUCCAACCUGGGGAGAGCGCAGAUGAGCUCCCUCUAUCAGCUCCAGCUCCCCAUGUGGGCACAUGAGAAAAGUCUCCCAUAAGGAUGGUAAAAACAUCAAAACAUCAGGGCGCCCCUGGGCAACAUCCUUGCAGACGGCUAAUUCUCUCACACCAGAAGCAACUUGCCGUUUCUCAAGUUGCUCCUGACACACAAAAAAACCUCUUGCCAAUGAUGACAGCCAUUUGCUAAAACUAAAAUUGAAACUAACCAAAAGUUAAACAUUAUUCCAUAUCUUUAUCUUUUUCCAGGUUUUUUUUCCUUUGUUUUUAUGUCAUAGAUCAUUUGUAUUAAACUCACUAAAAUACAUUGUCAAAACCAGAAAACAAGUUGUUGCAUUACAUAUUGCAUUACCAAUUGCUUUUUGGAGGAAAACAGAUACUUUCUUCAUAUGGAUUCCUCAGCUAUACUGCUAUAGUAAACAUAACUGUGCAAGGAGUUGUACUUAACCUCAUUUCUUUUGAAAUUGAAGUAUUGGCAUUUGUGCUGAAUAGCCACACAGAGAAUGAUCCAUGUUCAGAAGCAGAUACAGGAUACACACAUCUUUACACAUGUAACAAACAAACCUAUGGCAUCUUGUUUUUUCUCUCUCUUUUUUGCAUGUAUUAGUAUGAAUCAAAACAAUUACUAAUGUACUUAGUAAAAAAAUUAAAUAAAAAGCAGAUAAAUGUAUCUGCACACAUUAGCUUACAGUACAGUGGCAUGAGAAAACAUGCACUUUUACAACAGGUGGAGAAAAUAAAAGUUUGUUCAUAACAUUACUUUGUCAUCAAGUUUCAAAUGAGUAAAACAAUCACAAAGGACUUGAAUAACCUCCCGCAGGCUUCAGGAGUACAAAAAUGAGGUGGCUCAUUAGAACUAUAAAGCAAAACUGCCUUCUUGGUCAUUAUUUCUAGAGUCACAUAACAUCAUGUGGCAUUUUUUAAUGUUAUGUGGCUACUUCCAAUGACUGGAUAAGGAUGUCAAAAAUAUUGCCCAGAAACUGGUGGAAAGUCUGUUACUGUGAAAGCUAAAUUAUUUAGCCUUCGUUUUCCUUUCUGUUACCUCAACAGAACAUUGUGCCAUUUAAGCGGACCACUCAUAUAAAUAUUAUCUAUAUUCCCUUGAUGAAAGAGUAGCUUUCAAUGGAUUGAUAGCUGGAUCUUUUUGAGGGCAAUUUACAGUGCCUUUUAAUCUGCAAGAUGGUACAUGUUGGUAUGCACUAGACAUCUACAUCUGUUUCUAACCUUUAGCAUCAAUGACGAAGGCCAUGGUAAUCUCUAACACAGUGGCAUUUCUUGCCUCUCAGAAAGUCACAUUGAUAACUUCUGGAUCAUUCCUACUAACCAGAAUUUUAUUGACAAUGCUUAUUUGACAUCAUCUAUAGAAAAUAUGCUAACUUGUUUUUAUUUUAUUUUUAUGGGAUCUGUGUGAUUUUAUCCAAUCUGUUUUAUUUUGUUUUAAAAUGUUCUGAGCCCUAAAUUUAAGAGUGUGGCAGCCUUUAUGUAAAAAUGUUUACCUUAAUCAUGUUCAUUUUCAAGUGACUCAGUAGAUGUAUUUCUUAAAUGAGGUUGCACCCUUAGUUAAACGUUAAAAUCGAACACUUGCAAGAUGUAUUAUGCUGCAUGAAACUCAAGGCAGGAUGUGUUUAUACAAAUGAGAGCGAUGCCAGCUAUGUAGUAAUUCUUUCCCCAGAGUAAUUUAGCACUAUUACAACAACUUUAAUUCUGCCCCAUGUGCAUCUUCAAUCAUUAAUUAUGGCUUAAUUAUAUGAUCAACUAUUUCUGUUUUUUCACUAGUCUAGCAGUCAUCCAAUAAGCUCUGCUGUUCUUAUCUAUUUCAUGUAUGUUGCUAUGUGUACAGCAAAUCUACAGCAUAAGCCAUUAAAACUACUGUGAAUAAUAGUACUUGAUGGAAUGUGCUUAUUGGGCUGAAUUCUACACAAUGUUUCAGAUUUUUGUUUUGUUUCAGCUAUUUUCAUUGAGUGAUAUGACUGGCAAUAUGAAUUAUAAUGAGGACUGUGAAAGUACUGUAAUGUGUGCACAUCAGGCAUGAUUAAUGAAUAUAUAUUUUCUAAAGAAGCUUUCAUAUAUGGUUUGAGUCCACUUCCAUGAUAUGGAAGGUUAGAAGACACACCAGUCUGGAAACUAUUAAAUAAUUUUAUUGUUCCUCUUGCUCAAGUACAGAAUAGUCUCCCAAGAUAAUGAUUAGAAAUCUGUUUUACACGUACAGCCCGGGGCUGUGGCGCAGACGGGAGAGCAAUGAAUCACUGACCAGGAGGUCAUAAGUUCGAGGCCCGCUCGGAGCUAUGUUAUUUGUCUUUGUCUUUGUCCUAUGUUAAAAAGGCAUUGAAUGUUUGCCUAAUAUGUGUAAUGUGAUCCGCCCUGAGUCCCCUUCGGGGUGAGAAGGGCGGAAUAUAAAUGCUGUAAAUAAGUAAAUAAAUAAAUAAAUACAAUCAACUGCUAUUUCCAUUUAUCUCUCAAGUCUGAAGGCAAAAAAAUUAAAAGAAAUUGAGCAGCUCCAUGUAUUCUUCAGGGAGGAAAUCAUGUAAGAAGUCCAAUUCCUGAUGUGAUCCGCCCUGAGUCCCCUUCGGGGUGAGAAGGGCGGAAUAUAAAUGCUGUAAAUAAAUAAAUAAAUAAAUAAAUAAAUAAAUAAAUACAUUCAACUGCUAUUUCCAUUUAUCUCUCAAGUCUGAAGGCAAAAAAAUUAAAAGAAAUUGAACAGCUCCAUGUAUUCUUCAGGGAGGAAAUCAUGUAAGAAGUCCAAUUCCUGACGGGGAAGCAUCAUAGGCCAUGGUGGCAGACAGGCCCUGUAGGCCAUGCCUGCAGCAGUGAGGCUCUACAGACUGUGUGCUUCCUACGCAAAGGAGAAGGGGGGCUGAGGGGCCACCGACUGUUCUUCAUAGAGCCCUAAGAACUCUGUGGAGCACAGUUUGAGAACUGCUGGUUUAGAAUAAUAGAAUCAUAGAAUUGGAAGUAAUCACAUGGGCCAUCCAGUCCAACCCCUUGCCAUGCAGGAAAAGCAUGAUCAAAGUACCCCUGAUAGAUGGACAUCCAGCUUCUGUUUAAAAACCUCCAAAAAAAGGAGUUUCCACAGCACUCUGAGGCAGUGAGGCAAAACUAAUAGAAAUGAACUAAGGCCUCUUCUACACUGCCAUAUAAUCCAGUUACUGAUCCCAGAUUAUCUGCUUUGAACCAGAUUAUAUGGCAGUAUAGACUCAUAUAAUCCAAUUUAAAGCACAUAAUCUGAGAUCAGAUACUGGAUUAUAUGGCAGUGUAGUUCCAGCCUAAAUUGUUUUGUGGUGUUUUCAGCUGCAACCAUCCCUUCCCAAUGCAACUUGCCUCCCACAGUGAAAAAUGGUGGGAAAAGAUUUAGAGAAUCAUCCAUCUCUGUUUGUGUUGCAAGGGACCCAGAUAAACUAAUGUACAUUUUCAGAACUGCUUGAUUACAGAUUAUUGUGAAGUCAUUGAACUCUGUAAACUAUAAUCACAUUAUCACACUUUAUAGCAGGGAGCCCCAUAUUUCUGCCACUUGCAAAAUUCUGGAAAAUGUAAUUUAGGGCAGGAGCUUUGAAUUCGCAGCUACAGAGUUUCUUGCAUUCCAAAACUACAUUUCCCAGAAUUGUGCAGGUGGCAGAAAUGUGGAGCUGCCCCCUUUAAUGCCCUGGUGUGAUAACGUCCUUAGUUACAAACUCAUAGAAAUGGUACAUCAAUUUGUGCUGCUGUAAAUGGAAAAUUAAAGAAAGCAUUGUAAUUUGCUUUCUGUGAUCUAGAAGCAAAAGAGUGCACCCAUCAGUCCCUAAUGCAAGAUGAUGUGGUAUCAAAAUAAGAUGAAUAUGGCCUGGCAAUAGAACCUUAUUUUUUUUGUCCUACCAUGAAGUUGACCAACAGGUAGAAACAGGGAGAGACCACAAGGGCCAUUCAGUCCAACCCCAUGCCAUGCAGAAAUACAGUCAAAGCACUCACCUUUCUGUCCCACCCAACAGAAUAUGCUGCAGCCAAAAAUAAGUUCCAUGUCAUUUUCCAAACAAACCACUAUGUAAUUCAGUCUGUUGAUUUUAUCUGGGGAAAAUUAAAAUUUCCUCCAUUGUAAGGAACUGGAAUUCACUGGAGUAAGGAUGUAUUUGCAGAAGCAGAAUUUAAUUUCCAUUAAAUUUUAUCUAACCUUUCUUUACAGUACUUCUAAAUAUCUGUUUUGUUUCUUGGGUCUAGUUGUUUGAGCACACUUGAUUCUGCACACACAGUGCUCAUUUGGACAUGGAGCUUUUAAAUAUGUAUUUCACAAUAAGCAGAAUUACCUGGGAAAGAGAUGCCAGAAAGAAAGAUCGGUUGUUCUAGAGCACGAGAGUUUAAAAAUGCCAUUAUAAACAGUGAGAUUCAUUCCCAGUAAUUCUUUUUAGUCGUCUAAAAUGCCUGGCUGCUAUAAUAUAGGGAUGUCUGCUCCAUCUAACCACAGCAGCUAGCAGGUACUAUGCAAAUUAUCAAGUAAAUGAAAGUAUCUAUUAAUUUUGACAUUACUUUUGUUAUUUGGGGAGAAAUUCCUUGUUAAUUCAUGUUAUCCUUCUGCUGGGAAUGACUCAAUUAGCUAAUUGAUGCAUCCCAUUAAUACUCUAUUUAAAAAAUAACAAUUGAAAUAACAGUCAUGCCAGAAUAGAAGCACCUCUAUGGAAGUCACACUUUUAUUUUUUAUUCAGCAUUAUCUGCUUUAGGCCUCCUGUUUUUGUAUAGACUCAGGGCAUAGUUAAUGUCCUACCUAACCUCAUCCUGGAGAGACUUAUCGCCAUAAUGAAACUAUACUGUAGACCAGUAUUUCUGAAAUUGUGCUCCUUAAAGUGUUUUGAACUUCAAGUCCCAGAAAUCCCAUCUAGCUAAUCAGCUGUUAGGGAUAAGAGCUGAAGUGCAAAACAUCUGGAGUAGCACAGUUUGAAAAACUGCUUUAGACAAAGAAAUUGGAAUAUGAAUGUCUAUUUGGUCACUGGCAUUUAAUGACAAGCCAUUAAAUUAUAAAACAAUUUGGUAUAGUAUAUUUCCCUAUCAUGACUUUUAAGAUCUCAAAUCAUUGCCAUGAGAAGGGAACAUUAGGGGGGAAAAACAAUCACCAUGACCAUAGUGCAUUCUUUAUAACAAAUUAAGUAUGACAAAUUAAUUAUGGUAAUUGUAGUUUUGUGGUUCUGAUUGCAAAAGGUACAAUAAAGCUACUGUUUACUCUUUCGUGCCAGCAAUAUGUCUGAAAGAUCAGGUGUGUGGUUGAGACCACAGUAAAAAUUAUUAUAAUUGAUAUAGUAGAUAUACGGUAUGUUGAUUAUGCUUAGCUGUGUAUAUAUUGGCAAAAAUGGCAUUCAUCUAUAAAUAUAGUGAGCACUGUAAAGGUAAGUGACUAAAUUAGAAAAUGCAGUCUUGAACUUAGAAUGAAUAGCUACUGAGGGAAACUGUAUACAUCUCUAUCAUCAUUACUGACUUGAUAUUAGUCACUGUCAAUGGCCCUUGAGGCAGCAAGUGCCAAAAUGAACAAUUGCUCUUUAAAUGAUUGUGACCUUAAAGACCAAAAGACAUUGUAAAUAACAUGUCUCCUUAAAUAUUUGCUCAUUUAUUUUACUUUAUAGUCACUAGUCUCAGAUAUACAAAGAAGUUGUAUAACAAGACUUAGCAAUAUGUGCCUACCAGAAAUGUGAUAUUCUGUGGGAAUGUAGUUAGAAAUGUUUGUUAAAUUAUGUAUGGCAUAAAGGGCAAUGAUAUGUAUUUAUAUGUAUCUAUAGUGAUAUAGAGAGAAUGUUAGGUUUAGACAACUCACUGGAACUUAGUCCAAAAUAGAUAUGUAUAGAGUAGCAUUGUAAGAAAAGACUGUUCAUUCUGUAUUCAAAGUGUUCCAAUAUCGAAUUGUUGUUAAAACAAUUUAUGAUUGAUUUGGAAAACUAAUUGGACUUUUUUAUUUAUCAAGACUAAAAAUUCACUAUGGACAAAUAAUUCACUCGCAGUGUUUGAGACUGAAAUUUUUCACACAAGUCCCUUGAAAUAUCUCCACUGAAAUUAUGUUAGGCAGAAAUUUGCAGGAUAGAGCUCUUUCCUAUACCUCGAGUUUGGGACGUAAUGGUCUACCUCAAUGAUUCUCAGCAUGUGGGUCCUCAGAUGUUUUGGCCUUCAACUCCCAGAAAUCCUAAUAGCUGGUAAACUGGCUGGGAUUUCUGGGAGUUGUAGGCCAAAACACCUGGGGACCCACAGGUUGAGAACCACUGGUCUCGCUUGCCAAACAAUAGCAAGUAUUGUUUAGCUUGUUUAUAGAUAAUAGAAACAGAAAAUUCUGUGUCCUAAUAUAUUUUAGCUAAAAAUAAAUUUAGCAUGACUUUUUAUGGAUUAGAAUCUGCUUCCUCAGAUGCAUGAAAUAGAAUGUUUGAGUCACAGAUAGAUAUACACAUUGUUUUUAAAAAUGGAUUUUAAAAAUGGAAACUGGGAGUAGAAAAUGAUAAUCCUGUUAUGAAUUUUGGGCAUAAACUAUGGAUAGUGAUAUUGCUUGCAAUGCUUGGUUCUGGUUCAUCAGGGGCUUAGAAUAGUGGCCACCAUUACACACAGUGAUUCUACUACUGAGUUUCCAAUGUUAGGCAUGCAUAAAAUAGGGCAGGCAAUAACUGUGUUGAAUGAGGGGUGGUUGCUAAGCCUAGCUAGUGUGUAUCCUGCUCUCACUCCUGCCUGCUUUCGCAGUAACUCAAGCAAAACAAAGAGUCUGGACAAAACCAGCAGCACCACUUCUUUAUGUGUGUCUGAAGGAUACCAUUCAAUUAGGAUGGAAGGUACAUAUAGAGAUACCAAUCUACUUGGCACCUCAAUAAUUUCCCCCUUUGCCAAAGCAGCAACCUCAAGUAAGAUUUAUUGAAUCUAUGCCCUAUGAAACAUCACAGCUCUGCUUAAAUGUAAUCAGUAAAGUUGUGGUCUCCUUAUUUAUUUAUUUAUUUAUUUACAUUUAUAUCCCACUUUCCUACCAAUAUGGAAACUCACCACAUUGUUCUUUUUCUCCUUCACUUUCCUUUACACCCGUGUCCAUAGCUGCUAGACACAUCCUAUAUUUAUCCAACUUUAAAAGGACAAUUUGGGUAUCUCUAGGACUUAGUCUAAGGAUACAUUUCAAUGAUUUACAAAUGCAGGAGGCAUAGCCAUUGCUAUUUUAAUGCUUUCUGAGUGUGUGCUUCGAUUGAUAUUAUUGUUAGCUUUGCAUUCCUAAUAUUUGCUGGGAUAAAAUACGUGCUAUUAUGUUGUCUUAGUUAAAAAUACAUAUACUGUGCCUACAUAAGCUCCUUCUAAAGCUACAUAUUAUAUAAUACCAUCACUGAUUAGAAAGUGCUCUAUUUAGGCAUAUGUUUUUUAAUGUUUGUAUUUGACUGGUUUCAUAACUGUGCACAAAGAGCAUUUGACAAAAGGCAUUUGACAAAAAUAUUUCUUUCUGCAUUGCUUGUGUGUGUGUUUACUUUCAUGUUGCCUGCCUUAUGGGACUUUUAAGAAAUAUAUUGCUUUAGGACUUAAGUUCACAUAGAAAAACUGAUGAGUGGUAGUACUUUCAAAAUAAGUUAGAGGUUCAUUAUUGCCGUUUUGAGGUUGUGCUCAAAGUUGCAACUAGGAGCAAAAAUCCAAUCAUUGCUGAGCUGAGCAGAUAUGGUUGGCAGCCACAUAACCAGCACAGAGUUCAGUUAAGGCUAUCUUCUAAAAUGUGGAUGCCACAGCCUCAGCUGAUCUUGUAGAUCAACACUAAAGGAAGCACAUUGAAUUCGCACUCCAGGAAAAAAAAAACAUUCCCUUCUCUUAUCCGUUUUGAAGAAUCUAUAUGUGGAGGGUACCUACUUUCAGAGAUCAUGUAAAUCUAUUUUAUGUACAUUUUUCACAAGCAAUUUUUUGCAAGAUCCUCCAUGGUGACAAGGCAGAAGAUGGGAGAAAGAAGCCCUGUAUGCCAGGAGCAAUGGACACCUUCCAAUUCAUGCUCCUGACACAAAGGGCUUCUUCCUCCUAUCCCAUUGCCGAUGCAACCUCCAAUUCAUAUGUGCCACUGCCACCUCGACUCCAGCUCCACACUCCCACUUCCCCGCUCUCUCUUGCUUGGUGCCACCAGGAGUGAGGCAUCAAGAGAGAGAGAGAGAGAGGGAGGGAGGGAGGGAGGGAGGGAGGGAGAAGUGCAGGUCCUCCAUCAGGAAUUGAGGUGGCAGCAGUGAGGCGGCUGCCGAUGUGUAUUCCUGCAUGGCAGUAAAGUAAAGCAGUGCAAGAAAUAAAUAGGGAAUACAAUAGUCUCACUUAUCCAAGCUAAACGGGCUGGCAGAAGCUUGGAUAAGCGAAUAUCUUGGAUAAUAAGGAGGGAUUAAGGGAAAACCUAUUAAACAUCAAAUUAGGUUAUGAUUUUACAAAUUAAGCACCAAAACUUCAUGUUAUACAACAAAUUUGACAGAAAAAGUAGUUCAAUACGCAGUAAAGUUAUAUUGUAAUUACUGUAUUUAUGAAUUUAGCACCAAAAUAUCAUGAUAUAUUGAAAAUAUUGACUACAAAAAUGGCUUGGAUUAUCCAGAGGCUUGGAUAAGCGAGGCUUGGAUAAGUAAGACUCUACUGUAUGUGCAAUUGGCAAUUGGAAUAACCUCAGUUUACGAUUUUGGAUUAUGUGAUUUUAAUGUUUAUAUUAGGUGUUUUAAUUCUAUGUAUUCCUGUCUAAAUGUUGCUUAUGUCUUAUGUUUAAUGGUACUAAUGAUUUUAACUCAUAGUAAUAUGUUUAUUAUUUAGAUAUUAUGAUUUGGUUUUACAUGCAUGUUUGGCAUUGAAUUUUGCUAUUAUGUUGUAAACCUCUUUGAGUCCACCCAGGGGUGAGGAAAGCUGUAUAUAAAUACAGUAAAUAAAUAAAUAAAUGUGAGAGGAAGAAGCCCUGUGUGCCAAGAACAAUGGAGACCUGCUGCCAAUUCACACUCCUGGCACACAGGGCUUCUUCCUUCCGUCUCCUGACCUCUCACUGCUGCCUCAAGAGAGAGGGGGGUUUGCAUUCUCUCAGCUGCCACUACCACUGCAACCCCAAUCUUGCCCUUUAAGGCAAACCUGGCAACAUUGAGGAAUGGCAGCAACCAAGGCAAGCAAUAGAGAAGUGGCAAUGCAAAAAGUGCUGCUUGGGGAUGUAGUGGCAGCAUCAGGUGCAAGGGCAGUGAGGCUUUCCAGGGGCUGGCCAGGAUAGGUGGCUUCCCUCCUGCUCUCUCAGUUGCCACUCCUGGUCCUUUUUUAAAGUGUUUCAAUGAUGCCAUUGAUUCUAAAAUGCACCCCUUUUUUGAACCUCAAUGUUUGGGGCGUGGAUUGCAUAUUUGUAUCAGGGAAAUAAGAUAAAUUAAGAUAAAUUGUGAUUGCAGUUGUAGAGUAUCAGUAUCAACAAAUAUUUAGUUUUUUUUAAAAAAAUAUUGUUGUUUUGUCAUUUUAUCCCACUCCCACCCUCCCCUCCUUGUACAUACAAUUUAAACAACAAACUACAGAAGUUACAUUUGAAAUAUCAGUCUCAAUCUUAAUUUUUCCACUCCACAUCUUAGUACAUUUUCUAAAUAGCUCUUAACUGGUUCCCACAUCCCCUUAAUUAUUGCAAUCUUUUCAAUUUUAUCUAUAUUAUUCUAUUUGCUAUUUGUGAUUUCCACAUUUAACAUAGCAACUAUAUACUUAUACCAAUUCGUCAGAGUGCAUUUUUUAAAUCUUCCCAACCCCUCACUAAAACAAUUUGUGCACAUGCUAUUAAUUUGUCAACCAUGUUUUCUUUUUGUAUAUUCUUCACUUCUGUUAUCCUUGCAUGUAGUACAUUUCUAUUAACUAUUACAAUUUGUAGAUUUAGCAUUCUAUUGAUUUCUCCUUCCAUCAUUCUCCAGUAUUCUUGCACUCGAUUGCACUCCCAUAUCAUAUGAUUAAACACCCCUCCUUGUUCACAACCAUGCUAACACCUAUCCUUCAUCCCUGGUAAAAAAAAAAAAAAAAACGUGAAAGUUGUGCAGGAGUUCUGUACCAUUUUUGUAACAUUUUCCUUCUUGCUUCCCUUAAUACAUUGUACUUUUUUUUUUUUUUGCUAUAUUACUUAUUUCCCUUUGUAUAUCUUCCCUCUCAAUUUCCAUGUCCAUUCUCCAUGUUUGGAAAAUUUCCUCCAUUAUUCUUUUACCUUUAUAAUUUGUUCGUACAGAUCUCCUGCCACCUUCUUUUCCUCUCUCAAACAUUUCUAAUCACCUUCUCAAAUGGACUGUCUUGUUCUCUAAUUUUUUCCCUCAGUCUAAAAAUUUCCUGUCUUAUAGCCCAGCUUUGAAUCCAAUUCCCUGAUCCUAUCCAAUUCUGAUUUUUUUGGUUCUACAGGGUUUCCAUCUACUGUAUACAAAUCCUCCACUAACCUUUUCCCUCUACUUUCAAUUGAUCUCAAUGUUCUGCCUAUAAUUUCAUUAUUGUUGUAAUCUUCUAAUAGAACAUUCAUGUUGUAUUCCCUUAUAUUUAACUUUCUAUUAUUAUUUUGCCUUGUUGUUACCAAUUCCAGGUUAUAAUUUCCUGCACAAUACACUUAUUCUUAUGCAAACUUAUCAAUUUCCCCAAAUACCUGUUUUAAAUACUUUUUUGAUUUUUGUUUGGAGCAUAUAUACACACUUAAGUUAUUCUAAUUUUUCCAAUUUUCCCUUUAAUCAUUACCCAUCUCCCAUCUGAAUCCCUUUUUACCAUUUCCACCUGGAAAUCUAUUAUAUUUUCAAUUAAAAUCACCACACCCCAUGCUCUAUUCGAACCUCUCAAUUCAUACACCUGUCCCCAAGUCCUAUAAUUAAAUAAUGGAGUAUGGAAGAAAGCCCACCUGCUCUUCCUUUAUCCAGUCCUUUAAAAAGAAUUUAAGUCUUCCUGCUAGUAUAUUUGCAAAGAUUUUGUAAUCUAUGUUAAGAAGCGAGAUAGGCCUAUAAUUCUUCACAUCUUUGGGAUCUUGUCCUUCUUUCUUUAACAUUGUAAUAAUGGUCUUUUGCCAUGAGUCAGGGGGCUUUUGCCCCUGAAGUAUCGCGUUCGUAAUUUUGUGUAAAUAUGGUGUUACUUCUUCAAUCAUUACCUUAUAAUAACUUGCUGAGAACCCGUCUGGGCCUGGGGCCUUAUUUGAGUCAAUCGCCCUUAUGGCCUUUUUUAUUUCCUCUACAGUAAUCUCUUUGUUUAGUCUCUCUCUUUGUUGUUCCGUUAUUUUUUCAAGGUAUGGAGUAUGGUCCUGUUUCUUGUGACAUUCUUGUAGAAACAGAAUGUCCACUUUAUAAUCCUUUACCAUUUUCAUAACCUUUGCCCUUCUUUGUGGAGUUGAUAAACCAUUAACAUUAUGUGACAUUAUUACAACUUCACCCAUAACAAGGUAUUAUUUGCAUUUACCAUCCUGUAGUUUCUUUUCCCUGUCUGCUUGUCUUCCCAUCCUCCCCCAUUCCCCCCAGAGUGCAGACCUCUCCCUCCUCCCAUGAGAGGGAGACCUGAAAGAGUUUUCCCUUUGUUCUCUUUUAUUCCCAGACUCCCUCCAGCUGGUGACUGUGUUGCCAUCCACCAGUCUCCCCUCCUGCAUCUUCUUUUACCCCUUCAACCCCAUUUGUCCAAAUUUCAUUAUUCCACAAAUGUUAGGCUAUUCAUUCUUAAGUAUCUGUACAGGAUCUCAUUUCAGUUCUUCUAUUCUCCUCUCUAAUUUUUUGUCUUUUAAAAUCUCUUUAUUGUUUUUCCAUAGAUUUAAUUUGUUCUAAAUCCAUGUCCUUCAAAUUCCUUAAAAUUCUCCUUUCUUCCCUGUCCUUUGGAUCUCCCAUUGGAAAUAGACUCUGAUGUAAGCCUGUCUCUAUCGGCCCGCCUCUCUCUGCAGCCUCCAGCUCCCUCGAUGCUUCUUGUCCAGUCGGCAUGUCCUUGGUCUUAUCUGAUUCCUCCUCCCAUCUGUCUGUUUAUUUUCCAUCUGUAUCCAGGUUUAGCUGUUUGAGCAUUUUCCUCCCACUUUCCAAAUCGAAAGCUUUGUGUAAUUUAUUGUCUCUAUAUACAAUUAGGGUGGCUGGAAAAACUCAGGUAUAACGUUGUCCUUUCCUUUCAAGAGUUCCUGUAAUCUCCCUCAUUUCUGCUCUCUUACCCAAUGUCUCUGAUGAUAAAUCCAGGAGUGGCCAUACUUUACUGUGAGCCAAGGUCAGGUUCUUCAUUUUCCUCAACUUUUGAUACACAAUGUCUCUUUCAGCCUCCUUUGUGAACCAUAUCAAAAUAUCCUUGGGUUUCCUGCCUCCUCUGAAAGCCCAAUGCACUCUCUCGAUUUCCUCCGAUGGGACUUGAGCAUGUGUUUUAAGCCAUUCAGUUAUAACUCCUUUCAGAUUCUCCUUUAUUUGAAGACUCUCUCCUACUGCUCUCAAAUGCAGAUUGGGUCUUUGGGAUCUGUCCUCGAGGUCAGCAACUUUAUCUAGUAGUUUUCUAUUUAUGUCUUUCAGAGCUGUUAAUUCACCUUUUUGUCUUCUGAUCUCCGCUGCUGCCUCCUUAAACUUUUCUUGGCAUUCUUCAACUUUAUUCUCUAUCAGCCUGAGUUUGCUAUUAAUUUGUGUAAUUUGCUCUCUUGUCUGCUCAUUUCCCUGUCUUAAAAUCUCCAUGUUUAAUUUAAUAUGUUCCAAUGUAGUUAUAAUCUUGUUCAAUUUUUCUUCUUUCCCCUCCUUCUCCUUUCUCUCCACCAUACUUACAAUCAUCCGGACUUCUGUUUUGUAUUUUGAGAUUUAUGGCUUCAGUCACCUUCGAUCGUGACCUCUCAGCCUCCUCUCUUUUCUCCUUUGAUCCGGACCCCAAUUAAGGAGAGAUUUAUGACCCUUUAUGGGCUUUUUAAGGCUUUAAUUGCCUUUAUAGUUAGGAGAGCAAUUAGGCACGUCUACUCUCAUUGCACAGCUCCCCCCAACAAAUAUUUAGUCAACCACAAUGCUCAACUGUAUGGAGCACCCAUCUCACCAAUGGUAGAGUAAAAGAUUGCUUGAUGCUGAGUCUAUUUUUAUGCAUUUGCUAAGAAAUUCAUACCACCCUUUCAAAAAAUAAAUGGUUUCUCUUUUCUAGUUCUUUGUCACAGUCGGUCCUGAAGAAAUAUGGGUUUUUUUUUAAUCUGUUGUACAAAUAGAAUUAAAAUGAUUGGUAGUGGAUUUGCAAGAUAGUUGCUGCUUAAUUACAUUAAGAGCAUGUUUUCUGUUAUCUUUCCUAAACUUCCCAUUUUACACAAUACAAUACUUUUGGGAUGGCCAAGUGAUUGUAGAGGUUCAUGAUAUCAACUUCUUUGGUUAGAGUUCUCAGAAAAAGAACUAGAAGUAUAAUAAUCUCUAUCUCUCACAUGCAGACUUGAUUUUGUUAAGAAAUAACAGGAAAAUGGAUCAGGUACCAUGGUCUUAAGAGCAAAUGCAAUAAAGACUUUCCACAGCAAAUAUGAGGUAGAAUUUUAAGGACACACAAAAAUAGAAAAAGGUGACAUUCUGCAACACACAUCUGAGAUAUUUCAGAUACUAGUUUAGCAUGGGAAUCAGUAUCUCUAGCCCUCUGGAUGUUGUUGAUCAAAGAUCCUUCAACGUAGACCAUGCUAACUAGGGCUUAUGAGAACUGCAGUCCAACAACAGCUGGAAGCCUACUGUUACUCAUUUCUGGCUUGUGAAAUCACUCUGGAUUCUAGGAGCACUGGAGCAGAAAUAGGCUUUAUGCUCAUUUGGGUGGGCAUUCUUCACCUAAUUCCAAAUGGUAUUGAAUCACAAAACCUAUCAGCCCUAGUCAGCUUAGAUACUAAGGAGGAAUGCUGAGCACUUUAAGCAAACACAUGGCAAACCACACAUUCUCCUAAGUUAAUUGGACUAAGACUAAUGCUGUUUACAAUAUUGUUUAUUUUCUACCCAGUCACAUUGACUUUGAUAUGUUUAGAAUUUCAGAAUUUCAUGACAGCUCAGAAGAUAAAGAUUUAUUUGGUAGCAAGCAGUGUCAUUCAUUUUAAUGAGCUUAACGUGUUUCUUUUGCUGUCAGAUCUAGAAUAUGUUAUGGUCAAUGCUAACAUUUGUCUGAGUUUGUUCUAAUAUUUGAACAAAAUUUGUUGCAAUUAGAUUGGAUGAACAACAAAUCUUAUGACAGGGAUUGAUUUGGAUUUGUGGUCUUCUGUCCACGGGCUUCAUUAACCUAUCCAAAUAUGUGCUUAAUGUUUUCCUGUGGGUUUUUAAAAAAAAUUCAGUUACUCAGUUAUUUCAGAAAGGUACUGCUCAAAUUUUGGACUAAUGAUGAGAAUUUAAUCAGAAUUUAAUAAGAUUGCCAGAGUAGGAACACCCAAGGCCUUUAGAUUUCAGAGUCAAAACUUUAGAUAUGGCUCUUCAUGAUAUCAUGGGGCAUCUCCACAGGGCACAGAUUCUAGUGGUGUCAUUAACCACAAUGCAUUGAGCUUCAAUCGUGGCUUCUUUGAGCAUGGCGUUCAAGUAAAAACACAGUAUUUAUCAAGUGGAAAAAAACCUCUCUGUUUGGCAAUUAAAUCUUCCAUGCAUGUGCUGAAUAUUUAUUUAAAAUCUCUGUUUUUAACAUCUUUUAAUGGGCCUCCUCUUAAAAAGCACUCUUCACUAUCCACUAAUUGAUUGAUUGAUUGAUUGAUUUGCCUAUUUAUUUUCAAACAGGUUGUAGAAACCACCCUCAUCUCUAAAAUAACACAGUGCUUGAAAUAAGCACCAAAUCUUUUCAAUAAAGGGAGAUGGUGAUAAUUGUGAUGAUGCUGGAUCUGCAGAGCAAUUCUACCUACCGUGUUUCCCUGAAAAUAAGACAGUGUCUUAUGUUAAUUUUUGCUCCCAGAUAUGUGCUAGGCCUUAUUUUCAGGGGAUGUCUUAUUUUUCCAUGAAGAAGAAUUCACAUUUAUUGUUAAACAAAAAAAUGAACAUUUAUUAUAUACUGUACAGUAGUUGUCAUCACAAAUCAGCAUAACCAGACAAACUGUGAAUCCUAUCAAGAAUUUCUUGUUAUUACCAGUAUUUCCAUGUACAACACUUUAUGGUACGUACAUUUACCGAUCCUGCAAGCUCUGGUGUUCUGUUCAUUGGGCAUGCUUCCAAACAAAAACUUCGCUAGGUCUUACUUUCAGGGGAGGCCUUAUAUUUAGCAAUUCAGCAAAACCUCUACUGUCAGGACCAUAAUUUCUGGGCCUGUACUCUGGCACCAGAAAUCAAGGACGCUUACACAAAGAACUGAUAAGGCACCUGCGGCUCCCGGCUCUGAGGGAAACGGCUGAUGUGCGAGCGGGAAGAAUUGCGCGGGGGUUUUCUCUAGGCGGGAAUGACUUCUUUGAAUGUGGGGGGAGUGUAUAUAAGGGAGUCUUGCUGGGCCGACCAUCAAUCUCGGCUUUAUGUGUGUCAAAGUGUUCUUCAGUAAAGUUUUCAGUGACAACA